CAAAAUCUUAAAUCACCCCUACCUGGUAUCUACACUUACCCCAACCACACAAGCAUCGAGGCAACAUGUGCCACUGGUACAUCGAAUACAGGUUCUGCUCCCAAGGCCCCCACUGCCUCGGCAACUACGGCUGGGCCAACGCUUCCAGUCAGCUCUAUGUCCGGCCCUACGCUUCCAUUCGCCGCAAUCACCCGUGCGAGCAGUCCAGCAGAAGAGGCGGAUGUGGACAAUCGACGCGUUUGGGGCCGGGGUCCGAUAUCAAGACAAGUGACCACAUGUGCGGAUUCUGUAGGGGUGAUGUGCCAAAGACGGAUGCGGGAAAGAAGAAUGACGGCGAUGGAGGGAAGGGGGAUGGGGACAAGAUGGACGUGGAUGUGUGACGAACCGUUACAAGCACAGGAGUAUAUCGCUGGGAAUAAGAACAACGGUAAUAGUAGCCAAAAGGUACUGAUCGAUUCUAGAAG